GCAAACUCUGCUCUCUUCACUCGCACAAAAGCUAGACUUCUUUCUUGUCCUUCUCCUUCUACUACCCUUUUGCCCUCCGAUUUCUUUCCCCUAAGAAAUCAAUCAGACCUCUCAUGGCAGCUCUUCUUGACACACUCUCUCUCCCUCGCGACCACCAACAUCGCUUCUCUUCCACCGCCACGGCCACCACCUUUACCUCAGAGGAGUACGCCCCCCUCUUCGACUCAUGGAAGAAGGGAAAGCGUUCCAAGCGCCCCAGAUCCGAGGAAGAGUACCUCGCCCUGUGCCUCGUCAUGCUCGCGAACAGCGGCCACACUGCCGCCACGGCGACGACGACUCCACUACAAGCAGCGGCCACCAAUCCAGCCUACAGAUGCACCGUCUGCGACAAGUCUUUCCUCUCUUACCAAGCGCUGGGCGGCCACAAGGCCAGCCACAAGAAGGUCGUCUGUUCCGCUGACUCCGGCUACAGCCACCCCGAACGCGCUAAGGUCGCCAAGAUACACCAGUGCUCCGUCUGCUCCAAGCUCUUCCCCACCGGCCAGGCCCUCGGCGGCCACAAGAGGUGCCACUGGGACGGAGGCUCCGCUGCUUCUGCCACAAAUGUUUCUGGUAAUUCUGACGGCAGCCAUGACUUUUUGAUGCACUCGAAGCAGCCGAGUUUGGACCUGAACUUGCCAGCAAACCCUGAUUUCUGGGCUUUCUCCUCGAAUGAUGAAGUCACUAGCCCAUCGACGCUCAAACCCCACUUGUUUUAAUCGCUCUCUCUCUCUCUAUGUAAAGAAGUUAAUUCUUUUGUAGUUUUUUCAAAUUCUUUGAUUUGUGUAUGUAUGUGCAUAUAUAUGCGAAGGGAUUUAUUUAUCUGAA